GGAGAAAGACUCGUUGUCGUGCGUUUCGUGACGUGUCAUGGCAGCGAUCGGGAUGUGAUACGCGUUUACUCGCGACGACGUUUCGCGCAAUCCCACGCAGCGAGAGCGACUGAGAACUGCGACGUGCGCAGCGUAUGAUGCGAUCGAGUGCUUUCAUGUAGGAGCUACUACGCAGAGAACGCAGAGAGCGGAACGAUAGACAUUUCCCUGGGGGGGACUCGACUGCAACGACGACGGUGACAGCGACAGCGAUGAAAACAACGACGGUGAUUUUCUACACGCUGUGCGCGUUCCACGGUGUCGUGGCCUUCUACCUGCCCGGUCUGGCGCCCGUAAAUUAUUGUAAGGCCGGUGAGACCACGCCAACCUGCAAGUCCGAGAUCAAACUGUAUGUGAAUCGUCUAAACACGGAAAAAUAUGUCAUACCAUAUGAGUAUAGUCACUUUGACUUCUGCACAGCAGAAAAAGGACAAUCUCCAGUUGAAAACUUGGGACAGGUUGUAUUUGGAGAACGUAUACGUCCAUCUCCAUAUGAGUUGGAAUUCUUGAAAGAUGUCAAGUGUACUCGUGUUUGCACAAGAUCAUAUACAGCGGGUGACGAAAAUUCUGAAAAGAAACUACAGUUAUUGAGAAAAGCAAUAGCAGUAAAUUAUCAACAUCAUUGGAUAGUUGAUAAUAUGCCGGUAACAUGGUGUUAUCAGCUGGAGGACGAACGACAAUAUUGUAGCACUGGAUUCCCCAUGGGUUGUUAUUCCAAAGAAUCUAGAUCCCAACAAGACACUUGUACUAUACAUGGUCCGUACAACAAACCGAGAACUUACUAUUUGUUUAAUCAUGUGAAUCUUACUAUAACUUAUCACAGUGGUGCUAAAGAAGAAUGGGGAUCGUCCUUUAAGGAAAACGGUGGUCGUAUUAUAUCUGUGAAAGUAGUGCCUCACAGUAUUAAACAUUCUGUUACACCUGAUUGCGAAAGUCAAAUACCAUUAGAGAUACCAGCCGAGCUCUCAGCUGGCCAGCCAUUUGAAGUGACAUAUACAUAUUCUAUUAAAUUUGUGAAAAAUAACACGAUCAAAUGGUCAUCCAGAUGGGAUUACAUUUUGGAAUCAAUGCCACAUUCAAAUAUUCAGUGGUUUAGUAUUCUUAACUCACUGAUAAUCGUUCUAUUCCUCUCCGGAAUGGUAGCCAUGAUAAUGCUUCGCACUCUACACAAAGACAUCGCGCGAUAUAACCAGGCCUACUUCCAGAUAGAAUCAGGAGAAGAUGCACAAGAGGAGUUCGGAUGGAAAUUGGUACAUGGCGAUGUAUUCCGCCCUCCGCGCAAAGGAAUGUUGCUUUCAGUUUUGUUGGGAUCUGGUGUUCAAGUUUUCUUUAUGACGUUAGUCACAUUAGCGUUCGCUUGUCUGGGUUUUCUGUCACCUGCUAAUAGAGGUGCAUUAAUGACUUGUGCGAUGGUAUUGUACGUUUGUCUGGGAACCACGGCGGGCUAUGUGGCCGCUCGAAUAUAUAAGAGUUUUGGUGGAGAAAAGUGGAAGUCCAAUGUGUUACUCACAUCUAUGCUUAGCCCUGGAAUCGUGUUCAGCUUGUUCUUCAUAAUGAAUCUAAUAUUCUGGGUAAAUGGAAGCUCAGCUGCAGUACCUUUCAGUACUUUAAUUGCGCUUCUGGCGCUAUGGUUUGGAGUAUCUGUACCGUUAACAUUUAUCGGCGCUUAUUUUGGCUUUAAGAAAAGGGCUUUGGAGCAUCCAGUGCGAACGAAUCAGAUUCCUCGACAAAUACCAGAACAGAAUUUCUAUACGCAACCAAUACCUGGCGUCAUAAUGGGUGGUGUCUUACCAUUCGGAUGUAUUUUUAUACAAUUAUUCUUCAUACUUAAUUCUCUUUGGUCAAGUCAAGUGUACUAUAUGUUCGGAUUUCUCUUUUUGGUUUUUCUUAUACUUGUUAUUACGUGUUCCGAGACGACAAUUCUACUCUGUUAUUUUCAUCUGUGCGCGGAGGAUUAUCACUGGUGGUGGCGUAGCUUUCUCACAUCUGGUUUUACUGCUGUCUAUUUGUUAAUUUAUUGUAUACAUUUCUUUGUCACUAAGUUAGAUAUUGAAGGUGCCACUUCUACGUUCCUGUACUUCGGAUAUACAUUUAUUAUGGUUUACUUAUUCUUCCUUUUAACAGGUUCCAUUGGUUUCUUUGCCUGUUUUUGGUUCGUGCGCAAGAUUUAUAGUGUUGUAAAGGUUGAUUAAAUAAAACUAAUGGUGAGAAUAAUGCCUGUGAGAUGAAUGUAGUAUGAUGAGUGAAAUUGAUUGUAAUGAGAAUGAGUGAUAGUCGAUAUUAUGUAAACCCGCGUUAAAAGAAAAAGGAGAAGUCCAUAACGAUAAUAAUGAGCGAAUAAUAACGCAUUCUUCGCGUCGUUAUUGUUGAGAUAUAUCGUUGGAAGUAUCAUCAUAAAUAGUUUAAACAAUUCAAUGUAAUAGACCGAAAAUCUAUUCAAACAGCAUAGAUAAUAAUGGAUAAUGCUCAGCAAACAGAAUCUUUGGUGUUUAAGAUUCGACUUUUUCACCGCAGCCAUAUUGGUUUAUGAUAUAGGCGAGAAAUGACGCGAUAAAUUAAUUAUUGCAAUAAUUAAUAUGUAAUAAUUAAACUGCUUGAGCACAGUUAAGAAAUAACCUAAGGAAUUAUUUUAUACGUGACGAAUAUAUUUACAUAUUUAAUUUAUAUAUGUAUAUAAAGAUAAAAAUAUGUCGCUAAUUAUGCUCUUGUUUUUUAUGAACUUCCAACAUCUUUGCGAUAAAUAUCAUCUCCUAAAUAUCACAUAUCUCAAUAGUCGAAUUGAGUAAAGACCCAGCAUAAUCUGGAAUUCCAAAUUCGAAUUUUGAAGUGACAUUUUCCGCAAUAAAAAUGUCUCGUGAGAAAAGAUAUUGGUAUUGAUAUCAUAUUUGAUUAUUGAUUUAUUAAAGAGUAAAAUUUAGUUCUUCGAGCCGUUACGUUGCAAAUCCGUUAAAAAUAACGGUACGUGGUUGGCGACAUAAAUAUUCUUAUCUUGAAUUUAUGUAUAUUGUAGAUGAUAAAUGGCACAAGCAUCCUCUCUUUGAGGAAAUAUAAACCGUUGUGGUAUAGACUAAGGGUCACGAUUAAUAAACGAGGGAUCGUGCCGAGUAUCGCCCAUUAUUACUUUGCUGUUGUAACAAAUAGUUUAUUUUAUUAACGCGAUAGGUUUACUUUUAGAAAACGGACGUCGGUAUCCUUAUCGACUAUCUGACAUUCUUUAUGAAGUAUUUUCCCGAAUAAGCAUCUAAUGUACAUGCAUAUUGAUGUAUGUUUUAAAGUGUCUGCAAAAAUCUGUAUCAACAUCUUGUUUUCUUUUUUCUUUGCUAUCAAAAUAUUCGAUCUGCAUCGCCAAGCUGCGUACAGCUGCAAUACAUCUCAGAUUUAGCGUUUCUAAUUAAAUCUUCGAUGUGGUACACGAAAUUAAUCCUGGGCAAAUAAUUCAUUGUUUAGUUAUUCAUUUAUUACUACAAAGACACGAAAAGAAUUUGUAAUAAAACAAAAGUAUUAAACGUACGCGCGCGUGCGUGAUAAUAUAACAGUACAAUUCGAUUCUGAUUACAGAACGCACGUGUCAUCGUGUUUUUCGAAUUAUAAAUUAACUACAUAAAUAAUAAAAAUGUACAAAUUGAAAACUAACUUGACCAUUUAACUUUACAUCUCCUUUUUUUCAUUGUCUAUCAAAUAACAGCAUUCGUAAUGUGUGACAUUUAAUAGUCAAUAUGCAUACAUUCUGUACUCGGAUUUUAUAAACUAAAAUAUCUAUGUUAGCGUUGAAAAUGUUAUUGAUACAAAUAAAAUGUCAAAUAAGUUUA